AUGGCGUUCUGGCGCGCGUGUGUGAAGGUGGAAAUGUUCCUCAAGGUGAUUAUAACGGGGGGCGGGAGGGAGAGGGGGUGGUUUGGGUGGGGGGAGGAAAGGGGUGGGAGGGAUGGGAAGACGGGGAAAGUUAUGGGGGCAAGCGAGGGGAGAAUGGGGGCGGGCGGGAGAGUGGGUUUGAUCUGUCGCAGCAUAGGACUGUAUGACGUGAACGUCUUCACCCUUUCCCCGCUCUUCUCCCCUCUUGCCCUCCCACACCCCCUUUACUCUCUCACUUCCACCCCCCCGCCCCUCACCCCCUCUCCCCUUUGUGCGGGGCAGAUCUGUCGCGGCAUAGGGCUGUACGACGUGAAAAUCUGUCGCGGCAUAGGGCUGUACGACGUUAAUGUGUUUACCCCACCUGAUCUGGUGGAGAGGCGGGAUCUGAGGCGGGUGUAUCUGUGCCUGCGCACACUCAGCAAGCGCACCAUCGGAAUCAAGGUGGGUCAGCCGAGUCAACGCGGUUCCUCUCGCUCCUUCGCCACUCCCACCAGUGCUGCCUCCUUCCUCACCCUAGCCACCGCAAGUGCCACUAGUGCUGCCGCUGCUUCUAGUGCCGCCACUGUUACUAGUGCCACUGCUGCCACAGCCGGGCAGCCAGCAGCAGAUCGCAGCAUUCCGCGGUGGUGGGCGCCGGCUUACCCUCGCCCAGCCAGCCCCUCUCGCCGCUUCUCCCACUCCUCCUCUGUCGCCGCCUGGCAAGCAUCUAGCGCUGCUGCUGCAGCAGCUGCUGCUGGUACUGGUGCUGCUGGUGCUGGUGCUGCUGGUGCUGCUACUGGUGGUGCUGGCGCUGGUGUUUCUAGGUCCGUCAGGGGUGAUUAUUUGCCGAACCUGCCGACUUGGCUCGGCCCGGAGCAGCAGGCGGUGGUUCGGUCGCGAUCCCCGGCUCGGGUGCCCCCGUGGGUGCUCAGGGAGGGGGGAGGGCCUGCAGAGGCUGCGCCACUCGCUACAGUCACACCCAGACAGCCAACACCCCCCCGUACCCACACUUCCCCUCUGCGCUCCAUCUCCCCUCCCACCUCUUUCCACCCAUCCGAACCGGAGUCCCUCCCUGACACAAGCUCAAUGGGGAGGGGCGGAGGGGGGCGGAUGGGACAGCAGGAGGAGUUAGGCUUAUUAGAGCAGCAGCAGGAGGGGCAGCAGGGGAGGGGGUUGGGGGCACGGAAAUGGCAGUUGCUUGCAGCAGCAGGUGCGGCGGUGCUGGUGGGGGGAGCGGUGGUGAUGGCUGCGCAGCGACAUCAACGGCUGAGAUCGACCGGAGCGAGCAGCGAUCGUGAGAGUGAGAAUCUGAGGAGGAGGAGCAGUGACUCACGGAGCAGAGGCAACCUAGGCAAGGGGAAGGGCUCAGCUGAAGCGGGUUUGGAGCCAGCAGCUGUAGGGAAGGUGGAGUCUGAGGGAGGGUUUUCCCACUGGCUGGCUUCUAUGCCCACUGGCGCUAAGCUCACUGAGAAGGAGUUUGAUGACAGGUUCAAGGAGCUUGAGAAGGAGGCGGUGGAGGUGGAGGAGGAGUUUCUACGCUGUCUGGGGCCUGCCUAUAACGAGUACGGGGACAACGAUGACGAUGAGGAGGAGAUGAUGUCCUUCAUUGCUGCAGUCACCAGCAAACCCGCCCCGGUUAAGAGCGGCACUGGCGAGUUUGACAAAUGGGCACCGUUUGAUGAGGCACACUUGACCAUCGACCCGUUCCAGGGGCGGAAAGGUUCCUCGGCAACGGAGGCCAAUCAGCCUCAGCCACGGAUGCAGCAAAGGCUGCAGGAAAGGGUGCAGCUAAGGGUGCAGGGCGGGGUGUGGGUGGUGGUGGCUCUAUCGGGAGGGCUGGAGGCCGUGUGCAUGAGGCGCGCGCGCAUGCAGCUGCAUCUCCCUGUGCGACUCGGAGGGUUUGGGAUCCGGGCAGCAGCCUCUUUGAGUCCGCUGUCCUAUGUUUGUGGAUGGGCACAGGCCGCGCGUGAUAUUGCACAGUUGGGGGUGGCGGGCGAGGAGGCGAUGUUUGCAGAGUACCUCACCACUUCGGCAGGGGCGGAGUUUCUUGACCCGUGGUUUGCCAAGGCUCUUGAGCAGCUGUCUGCGACUAUACGCCAGGAGAUGCCGGGCUUACCUCUGUGCGUAGCGGCCCCUCCUCUUCGGCUUUUCCAGGCGCGGCAGCGGUUGUUGGCGGUAGAGGAGCUCCAGACACUGCGUCGCUCGGCUCGUGACGAUGCCACCUUGGCCCGUUUCACAUCCCUUCAGGGCCCGGGGGCUGGUGCAUGGGUUUCGGCGGUUCCGGCUCACUCAGAUCUCACAUUCACUGCGGCGGAGUGGGGCAUUGCUGCUGCUAUACGGCUCGGGCUCCCAAUUCAGCAGCUGCAGGUGGCGGGGAGGUGUGUUUGUGGCACAGCAUAUGUUGACUCAGCAGACCCGCAUCAUGCCCUGAGAUGCAAGCACCAGCAUGGUCCAUCUCGGGUACAUGAUGAGGUGAAGUUUGCGGUGGCGAAGAUCUCUAAGGCGUCUGGGGGGGUGGUGACAAUGGAGGAUAGUGUGGUGCUGCAGGGGAAGCGGGUUGAUGUGGCGGUGCGACGACCAAUGGCUGGAGAGGCUCACGCCCUGGAGAUCAGCGUCGCGGACCCGCUAUCGCUGUCUCCAUCUUUGCUAGGACAGUGCGGGCGUCAAAUAGGCGUGGCGGCAAGAGAAUGGGAGCGUCGUAAAACGAGCGAUUACGCGCCUCUGCUUGCACGCAACCGGGGCGUGCAGUUCACUCCUCUGAUAGUGGAGACGUGGGGGUGUCUCGGCGGUCGCUUUCGGAGGUGGCUUCGUCAGCAGGGAGAUGCGCACGUGGGGCUAGCUGUGUCGCGGGGGGCUUGUCGGGAGGACGACACUGUGUUUUCGGCUUAUCUUCUAGGGUCACUGAAGGCGCUCAUCGGGGUGGCGUUGCAACGUGCGCAAGCCCGUGUCAUCCUGUUUCGAGCGGCGUCUUCUAUGGGGGGGAUUAACGUUGACUUGGUGGACCGGGAGUGGGACGAUGGCGAUGCGGAAGGCGGGGCUCUCUGGGUGGAGGCCCCGUACAUGGUGGAUUCGCUGUUGUGA